CAGGAGUGUGGAGAUGACUGGAGCAGAGUAGGCAACAGGAGCGACUGCGGCAAAGCGGGCGAAUGGUGCACUGUACACAGCAGGAGCAGCAACUUGCGACUGCUCAUUUGUCGGACGGCCGACCGCUAUACCAAAUAGUUGCCGUACAAACUGGACGAAUUAUGCAUAAAGUACAGUGAAAUAUGUUGACGUCAUUAAUUGUUUUCUUGAUUGAUAUGUAUUUGAAGAGAUAUACUUGAACUUUUAUAUUAAUGUAUUGAGAAAUUUGGCAACAAUUGAAACCGGUAUGCUUUUGUCAAAUUCCUACAAGCUACACACAUACAUGGACAUAAAUGUACUAUGCCUUAAGCAAGCACACAAGUACCUUCACAUACGCAUGGGCAUCUAUUUAUCAUUCUAUCCGAAUAGAAUCCAUACCAACAAAAGGCAGGUUCUGGCGUGAUAAAAUUUUGCUAUAAAAUAUGGUCGCAAAAUCGUAAUUAAUAUCAGUUAAUUCACGGCAGUCAGUUAACCACAAACUCACACAUAAUGAAAUUCCUCAUCUGCUUGGCUCUCCUCUUCGCCGUUGCUCAGGCCAAUCCUGGUUUGGUGGCUCCUUUGACCUACUCCGCCGCUGCUGUGCCCGCCUAUGCCACCUACGCCGCCUCUCCCUAUACGGCCUCUUCCUAUGGCGCCUCUCCUUAUGUCGCCGCUCCUUACGCCGCUUACUCUACCUAUGCCGCUCCUGCUGUCGCCACCUACUCUCACGCUGCUUACUCCGCCCCAGCUGUGACCACUUACUCCCAUGUUGCCGCUCCUGCUGUCUACAGCGCUCCAGCUGUCUCAGUUGCUCCAGUCACCUACUCCGCUCCCUUGGUGUCCACUUUGUUGAAGAAGAAGUAAGCAGCUGCGGUUUUGUUGACGAAUGUGCAUUGUAGAAGAUAUUGUUGCAAUAAAUUAUAAAGAAAGUAUAGAAAAACAUA